AUGGGAGCGAUGAAGAAGUGGGCGUCGCUGAAGAAGAAGAAGCAGCACCAAGUGGAGGAACAAGUGACGGCGAAAGAAACACAGACAUGGCGGCGAAUAAGGAAUCUGUUCUCAACGUCUUUUUCUUCCUCCUCCUCGACGUCGUCGUUUAAAUGGAAGCCAGUGGAGAUACUUCAGACGGAGAUAGUGGACGGAGUAGUUUUCAAAGUAAUGUAUGUCGUCGAAGCUGUCGUUGUCGUUUCGACUCUCUGCUUCUUCUACCUCUGUUGUGGAUGCCACAUCUGA